UAGAGUAAAGCCAAUCGUAUAAAAUUGUUCCCGGGACCCGAGCUCAGGGACUGCUUCUCAGCUGAGAGACACAUAAGAUGACACACGGUCGUUUGUGGAAUACGGACCGUUCAAAACACUUGUAGACGGACCCAACAGUCUUGCAGUCAUGACUUGCAUAUAUUCCCAGCACGGAUCUCAGCCUAGUGAGAACAACCUCGGCAGCUCAGAGUUUCAGAACACAGACUUUAUCUCCAGGCUGGCUGUGGGAAUGAGUAGCCCACUGGACCAGCACCUCUCUGCACCAUCCUUGCCAAGCAUCGGCUCCCUGGUGGGCACUCCCACGGGAGACUUCGAUGCAUAUUCAUGCCAGUUUACUACGGCUCCUGCCCAUGUUGCUCCAUCCUCAGCGCAGGAAACUCCUUUCAAGCUCGAUGAACUCCAAGUUUACGGCUGCUACCCUGGAUCGUUCAUGUUGAGUUACCCCGAUGAAUCUGUGUCCCCCACUGGGUCAGAUUAUUAUGGCAGCCCUGCAUCAGCCUCGGCUCCUUCAACCCCUGGGUUUCAGAGUCAGCACACAUCCACCUGGGAUUCAGCCUUUGGGCCAUAUUCACCCAGUCCAGGGUACUGGGCAACUGAAGAGACAUCAGUGCCCCAUGCACCAUCUUUCUUCACAUUUGGUGCAGGAUCCAUGGAGGAUAUGUCUCCUUUGGGUCAGCCACACUUACGAGAUCAUGAUGCUUUCGCCUUGAGCCAUCCUCACCCAUCUUCGCUGACCUUUCCCACUUUGGAGAUGGAGCAUGCAUGCAACUUUGAUGGUGCUGACCAAUUGGAUGCUGGAAGCUUGUCACCCAAGCUGAAAAGUCCAGGUGGCAACGAAGGCUGCUGUGCUGUGUGUGGGGAUAACGCUUCCUGUCAUCACUAUGGAGUUCGCACAUGUGAAGGAUGCAAAGGGUUUUUCAAGCGUACUGUGCAGAAAAAUUCAAAGUAUGUAUGCCUUUCCAACAAAGACUGUCCUGUGGACAAGAGGAGGAGGAAUCGAUGCCAGUUCUGCCGUUUCCAGAAGUGUCUAGCUGUAGGCAUGGUCAGGGAAGUUGUCAGAACUGAUAGCCUGAAAGGACGAAGAGGCCGCUUACCUUCCAAGCCUAAAAUUAUUCCGGAUGUAACAGCUGCUGUGUCUCCAGUGAGCAUGAUCGCCUCACUCGUGAGGGCACAUAUUGACUCAAACCCCAGCGUUGGGACACUGGAUUAUUCCAAGUACAUUGAGAUGGAUACCAGCCUGAAUCAGAAAGAGGACGCCAGUGACAUCAGACAGUUUUACGACUUGCUUACAGCCUCUAUGGAGGUUAUCAGGAAGUGGGCAAAUAGCAUCCCGGGAUUUUCUGAGUUCUGCCUUGAGGAUCAGGAACUGCUGCUCGAAUCAGCAUUUGUUGAACUCUACAUCCUGCGUCUUGCAUUUCGGUCUGAUCCUAAAACGGAGAAGCUCAUCUUCUGCAAUGGAGUCGUACUUCAUAAAACGCAGUGCGUACGGGGUUUUGGCGACUGGAUCGACUCCAUCUUGGAGUUUUCGCAAAAUCUCCAUCGCAUGAAGCUCGAUGUUUCCUCCUUCUCCUGCCUCACAGCCCUCGUCAUAAUCACCGAUCGGCAUGGUCUUAAGGAACCAAAACGUGUGGAAGACCUGCAGAAUCAGCUCAUCACCUGCCUCAAAGAUCACGUCUCUGGCUGUGGCUCUGACUCUUUGCGGCCCAAUUAUUUAUCCAGACUUCUCGGGAAGCUGCCUGAGCUCAGGACUCUGUGCACUCAAGGCCUCCAGCGCAUCUUUUACCUUAAACUAGAAGACCUCGUUCCUCCGCCACCGAUCGUGGAAAAAAUAUUCCUGGAUACGCUUCCAUUUUGAGCGUGAGAUGGGAGAUAUGCCAUCUGUGAUGUGAAAUCUGGAACUGAUCUGAGAGCCAAAGCAAACAGACUGAGUGCUCAUACUCCAGGUAGCAAAGUAAAACUGCAUGCAGCUAAGAAAAAAAAAGCAAUCCUUAGGGAUUAUGGAUUAUCAGAAGGAAAGUGCUACUUCUGACUUAUAAAAUGAAAUAAAACUUGUAAAGUCCCAUUUUUUUUGGAGCUAUCACAUGAUUCUUUAUUUGGUUAGGAAACUGUAAUCUCUCCAGAUGGAAUUAGAGAGGCCAUCUCAUGGAUCAAACAGUAACUGUUUACAUAUGAGGUGCCAUGAAUGGAAACUUUUUCAAAUGGAGGGAAAUGACAGCAGUUUUCCAAACAGUUACAAAUGAAUUCAAAUAAGGUCCGCACCAUCAUUUGAAUGAUAUAAGCAAAAAGCAUUAAUGUGAUAUUUUCAGCUCCAGUAUUAAAAUAGCCAAUACCCACAGAUUUAUUCAGCAGUACAGUUCAUGUAUCAUGAAUCGACUCUGAGCAGCUAACAUACUGUGUAUUUUCCAGUACAGUCUUACACACUGGUCUUGUUUGUAAAUGAUUUUGUAUCUGUUAUGAAGUCUGGUGUUGGUGCCACUUGAACUGUUUUAUACAGUUUGUUUUGGAUGAGUUGUUUUUAUGUACAAAGAUGUUCUCUUCUACUGCAGAUAAACAUUUAAUAAAAUGUCAAACUGCA